AGCACCAUUCAUGAGAACUCCCUCCUUAGGCAGCUCAAUUAGUCUGACCUUGGCAGAGGGGACCUGCUUUUAUCACUUAAAACUAGCCCUCUCUUUAUUCCAAAGCAGAAUAUUUAAUAAGGCAAAAAGCAAACUGGGCUUUCCUCUGGAGCACAUUUACUUUUAUAUUUGGACCAGCAAGGUCAGAGGGACUAGUUCCAAGUCCAGUGUUGCGUACUUUCCAGGUGGUUGCUGAAAUGGGAGUUGGAUAGAGGGUCCCUGGGAAGCCAACUUUUCUAGGGGUUGCCUUUCCCCUAGCGCCCUAGAUGCUGCUGUGGAGGAAGACUGUUUACCAACCAUUCUUUGUCCACAACUCUCAGCUUUCACUCUUGGAGCUGUGGGAUGGCUCCAGGGUUUGUUUACAGUCCCCGUCUAGACCUAGAAGAAGUUGUGCCUGUUUCUGCCCUGGACUUUGCUAAGGCGGGAGUCUUCUGCAUUGGGCUUUCUGGAUUUCAGGUCCUGUCCACACGGGAAAUGGAAAUCCGGCCAGCUGGGAGAAUUCUGUGUGGCUGCUCCUGAGAGCAGUAAACAGUGACUCACACUGCGUUCCCCACCCUCCCUGUCCCAGCUAAUGGGAGAUGUGUUGCUCCGUAUUCACUUUUGCUUUUCAUAAGUCACAGACCCCAUGUUUCCUCUUUCUUAUGGUUUAAGGAAACUGAAAGUGUUAUCUGAAAAUUGUAGAAUUUCAGAGCAGGUAGGAAUGAACCUGAGUGGUCACACAUGGUCCAUCGCAUCUCCCACUGUAGGUGAGGGGACUGUAACUACCAGGCAUCGCUCUCUGGCCCGGGUCAGAGUCAGCCUGGUCUGGUGCUUGUCUGCUCUUCAGUGCUGCUUUCUGGUGCCCUGGGAGGUGGGUCGGAUGAACACCUUACCCAGGCUCCCUGCUGGAGCCCUCCCGCUGCAUAUGCAGCAGACCUUUCUUAAUGGCUGGGUGCCCUGUGGGGAGCUAAAGUAGGUAAGACCUGUUCCCUGCUUGCCAGGAGCUCUCUGUGCACUGAGGAGGUCUGCCUGUCAACAGAAAGGUCUAGAAACAGCUCUUGUUCCAAGGUGAUUGCUUGCCCCAAAGAACACAGCUAGGAGGACUUUCUGGAAGAAGUGUGUUGGGGAGUGAGCUGUGGUCAGCACAGCAGGGUCUAUUGGGAGCCAGAAGAGGAGGGCUGAGAUGGUGACAGAUAGAGAUUAGCUGCUCAAGAAGGACUUCAAAGUCUCCACCUGCCUGGGAGACUGUGUUUGAGGCACCAGGAUCCAAGUCGGGGGUUCUGUUAAACUGGCCCUGUGUUCAGGUAGAAGUCAGGGCCUGAGCUGAGACAGGGUGUGGGCAGGAGAACUUGAGGACUAGUUCCUCAAGCCCUGGUCACAGAGCAGAGGGACUUGGGGAUGAUUUCACCUGACGAUGUGGGGGCACUGUCAAAACUAAGCUAGAGACCCAGGAGGAGGGGUUUGGGGAGAGGAAAGGCAGGUCUUUGCCCUUGGUUUCUUCCCAGGGGACAUCCCUGGCCCAGCCUGGAAUUGGCUGAAGCCUUAGAAUGACUGGGUACAGAAUAGAACCCUUAAGGGGAGCUGGUGGCAGAGGGACAACUCAGUGAGCUGGGGUGAGGUAGGGGCUGCUUGAGGGGGCGUAUUAUGUAGCUGCAGCCUCUGCAGCCCUGGCUUGAGUCACCUCUGGAUGUAGCUGGGAUGACACAGCUUCCUGCGACUGCAGGCACAAGGUGACCAGACGUCCUCUGAGCUGGGCAGACAGUUGUGGCUUGCUGGAGGGCGGCCAGCCAGGGCCAGGCUGCAGGACAGUACUAUACACCGAGGGGGCUAUGUCUAGGGCAGGAGGGGCCAGUGGAGGCUUACUGGUCUUCAGUGGGCUGGGCCAUUACUAGCUCUUCUGUGGCACCAGCUGGGUUACCAUUGGUUGGCACUAUUGACAAGCACCCACUGGGUGCUGGCGCAAUGUAGGCCCUGCCUCCCUUGUGGCUCCUAGGAAGGGCACUUGCUUUGGGUGCUUGUAGAAGUGUUUCCAGCUCCUGCGAGGGGGUAGUUGGGGCCUCGGUGGCUUCAGGUUUUGUGGACUUGCACCCAUCAGGGCCGGGGUUGGAGAGCAAGGGCUAUUGCUGUGUCCAGCUAGAGUUUGAAUCUGCUGUCCUGAGACAGCGGGCCACUGCACCUCCUUCCCACUCUGGAGAGUAGGAAAGGAAAGGCUUACCUCUCCUUCUCAGGUGGGCUGAAAGUGGAGGGUCCUGGCCUUGUAGUCAUAUCACCCCUAAAGAACAAGUGUCUUACCUAGAGCCCACCCAGCUUCACAUCUGAGCUCCAGCAGAGGGUGACAUAGAGGGUCCUGUCUAGUCAUUUAUCUCCUUAAGCAUCAGGACACUUGGGAACUGUGUGGAGCCUCCUUUUCUCCUAGGAAGCCUCCCUAGCACUGUUACUUAGGGCCCUGGGGCUGAUCAGCCACCUGAUUUGAUGGAGAAAACCCCACCCGCAGGCCCAGGCCAGUCCUUCUCACGGUGUGCCUGGGAAGUCUGAAGAUGUAAAUGUCCCCAGGUGCAGUCAGAGCAGUGGGGCACCAGGGACAGCAGCUGGAAGUUGAAGAGUAAAGUAUGAUCCCUGGAAUGUGAGAUGAUCUGCUUCUGAAAGGUCCCUUCCUGAGCUAUUGAGCCAAGCCACCCCGCCCUGCCCCCCCAGGACACCCAGGCUGGGAUUGGAUCCUCUGCAGCAUGCCUUCCAGCCUCCUGCCUGGAUCUAUCCUGAAAUAGGAGGGCUCCCCACCCUGGCUCCCUAAUUCUGUGGAGUGGACACUACCAGGGGUGGCUGGCAUGCCCUCAGAGAAUAUAGAUGGAUACAGCUGAUAACUCUUUAAAUGUUAGUAGUCACCUGGAAGGUGCUGCAUGUGCACCUGUGUUUGUUUGCGGUGCUGGAAUCCACCCUGGACUUUGUGUGUGGUAGGUAAGGCUCCACCACGUGAGCCUUCUUGACCAGCUGCCUGUCCUGGGAUGUGGGCCAGGGAGCACUCUCAACCCACCUAAGUUAGAAAGUGGUUGCAUGCAGGGGGAAUGGAGACCAGUGCAGUUGGCCAGCCACCUGACUUUAUGGAGAAACCCCACCCUCAGGCCCAGUAUUUGACUGCUGAACUUCUCAGGUGACUUUUCUAGAAUUCCAAGUAGCUCAGGGCAUGGGGUCUUGUAUGCUGUUGGCUGAUGGAAGGCCCAGAGCACCCUCACCAGAAGCUGCCCAAGAGAGGCCUGCCUUGGGCCCCAGUGCCAGGAAGAGGGCUUCUCUGGGGCUUCCUGUGGGCUCCACACACCCUUCUGCCUACAGUCUUAGCCCAGGCUCAGAAAGGAGUCUUCUCACGAGAUGUGCCCUGUGGCUCUCAGGUAAGUGGCUUAGGGAGCCCCUUCAGAGCAUUUUUAAGUCACUUGUUUUGCAAACUCUUUCACAUGUACACGACUCUCCUGAGACUGGAGGUGCAGCUCAGGGGUGGAGCUCUUGCCUGAUCUGUACAAGGCCUUGGGUUCCAUCCCCAGCACUGCAAAAAAGUAAAGCUCUCCCUUGAACCUCAUUCCAAAGGCCAGUUGUCAUUUUUCUUGCCUUUGAUGUUUAAAGCAACGCAAGGUCAGUACUGCACGGGUGUACUUUGUGAGUGCUGGGCAGAGGCACCAGCCUACCCGGUGGACUGGGUUCAUGAGAAGCACCAUGCCUGGGCUGCCCCUGUGCCUGGCGUCAGACUGAAGGGCAGAACCUUGACCUGCAGCCCAUCUGUCCUCACCUUUUAUGGGGGCAGACAUUGGCCGAACCAUCCCAACAGAGGAUCCAGGUUUCCCCAGCAGAACCAGGUUCCUGGGGCAGAAGCUGAGAUCUCAUCUGCCUGAGGGAAAAGAUGUGGGUAUGGUGCCCAGUGCAGGGUGGGGGGGGGCUUCUCCUGCCUGCACCCCACCCCCAGCCUAUCCCCUGGCCUGGACUGCUGGGCUGGGCUCCUGGGAGGGGCCUGGUGCUCAGGAGUGGGUGCAGGUGUGGUGGUGGGGGAGAACCCAGGUGGGGUCUAGUGUCCCCUGCUGGGCCCAGCCUGGGCCCUUUGUUUCCUUCCUUCAUUUUUCUGAGGAAGUGACCCAUGAAGAGCCGAGGUUUGUUCUGUGGGGAAGAGGCCUCUUGGGAAGAGGGUGGGUUUGUCUGCAUCUUCUCGUCCUCCGUGUUCUUUAAGAUGGCAGGUCUGAGGACUAAGGGAUUCUGGAAUUCAGAGCCCCCUCCCUGCGUCGCUCCCUAGGGCCUGAGCCAGGACCCAUGUUGGUUGCUUUCUCUCAGUGGUCUUGGGUCGUCCCCAGAGGCAAGCGAAGUGGUUGUGGUAGGCUUAGAGUUGGCAGAUGGAUCGGAGUGACCUAUCUGGCCAUCCAAGGGUCCUCAAAUCAUGGAAGGGCUUGACUUCUCUGAGUGUGGUCCCCUGGAGACUGAGUCUUGCACAUCCUAGUCCCUCGGUGUCCCACCUCUGUGGUCAUGGGAGGCAGUUCCUUAGAGUUAAGGUCUGUCCCUCAGCUCCCCAUGGAGCACGGAGCACAGCACGUCACCUGUGGGUCUGACCAGAGGCCCCUUCCCUAGCACCUUCCUUUUCCACUGGCCUCAGGGGCCCCAGCUAGUGCCAUACGGGUGGGAGGGGCGUCCUUGUGUGGGAAUGUGAGCGGCUCUGUAAACAGCUGGUGACUCACCGCAUAGUUAUGUCACUGACUUGUAGUUGCUGGAAGAGGUGCCUGGUCCCUCCUCCCUCGCAUGGAAAAGUUUCUCAUGGAGUCAUGGAGCUCCCAGGCGCCUGGGUCCUGCAGGGCCCUACAGGGUGGCCAGAGCCCAGGCUUCUCCAGGGUCUCUGUCACCCAGCUCAGGGUGGUGGGGGUGGCAUGCCUCGGGCCCCCUCACAUCACGGGUCAAGUCAUGUUGGAGAGCAGCUCUUACCUCCAUGUUCACCCUGAGCUGCUGCUUGUCCAUUUCAGGCCUGGGCCUAUAAGGGGUCAGGGUGCUCCCUCAGUGCCUCCCUCGAGAGGAGCCCCAAGCCUACCUGAGGCUCCCCAGCUGGCCCCUGCUGUCCACUUCAGUUUCCAUGGGAGCAGCUGGAGUCACUAGGUGCUGGUGUCUGUAGCACAGAGCGUGGAUCCUGUGUUUAUCAGCAGCUUCUCGUUUAGAGGGUGGCGGGACCCAGGUCUGCAGGGAGAGGGGUAGUGGAGGUCGCCCACCAUCCAGCCCCAGUCUAUCCUCUGUACCCCUUUUCCAUGUGUUUCUCUGCUUCUGCUUCAACUCAUCCCUAGAAUGUGGAUGUGUGGGGGUGUGGCCCAUCCAGUGGCCACCCUGUGUUUCUCUCCUUUCUUCUGGGGUUAAAAUGAAUGAGUUUGUUUACUGUCUGACAACCUCAUGAUGUCUUUGCACAGGCCUGACCUGAAGUCAUGAUUGCUUUUGGGCUUCUCUGUUUCUAUGGCAACCAUCAGGGGUUGGCUACUUCCCAAGGUCGUCAUGGCAACUAUCAGAGGGGAAUCAUGCUUGGGAUGCUUUGGCUGGGUUUUUCAUGAAUGAUUAGAAUGUGUGACACAAUGCAGACUCUAAAAUGAGAAGGGCGGUUGGCGGGGACAAGUCUCACCAGACAGUUGAUUAGUUCUGCGAGGCAGCCAUGACUCCUCACCUCCUAUCUCUGGCCCUUCUCUCUAAACUGAUGCCCACCAGGAGCCCCCACCCAUCCUUGGGGCCCCAGAGUCACCUGAGCAGACUAGGGGCAGCCAGGCUGAGGUGGUGAUGUCACAGCUGCAGUUCCCUUCCCUGCGUUGCAGUUUCCCAGCACUUCCGUCCUGGUGACUGUGCCCGGGUUAUGACGACUAAUCCCAAGCCCAACAAGGCGUUAAAGGUCAAGAAGGAGGCAGGCGAGAACGCCCCGGUGCUCAGUGAUGAUGAGCUGGUGUCCAUGUCAGUGCGGGAGUUGAACCAGCACCUCCGGGGGCUCACUAAGGAGGAGGUCACCCGCCUGAAGCAGCGUCGGCGCACGCUCAAGAACCGUGGCUACGCAGCCAGCUGCCGCAUCAAGCGGGUGACACAGAAGGAAGAGCUGGAGCGGCAGCGGGUGGAGCUGCAGCAGGAGGUGGAGAAGCUGGCCCGCGAGAACAGCAGCAUGCGGCUAGAGCUGGACGCCCUGCGCUCCAAAUACGAGGCCCUGCAGACCUUCGCCCGCACUGUGGCCCGCGGACCCGUCACACCCACCAAGGUGGCCACCACCAGCGUCAUCACCAUCGUCAAGUCCACAGAGAUCUCCUCCACCUCUGUGCCCUUCUCAGCCGCGUCCUAGUGCCUGCUUGGGCCGUGAGGCGGCACGUCCCUCGUGCCUGCCCAGGGUCCUGGCGCAGACUCGAAACACCAGUCAUUGCAGACCCCUCGGGGCUGAGAGUGGGGACAAGUGAGGUGCCAGAUGAAGAGUAGGCUCUUGUGAGCCAGGCACUGCACACCGCCCAUGCACACACAGGUGCACACCACCCUCACGCCCUGUCCCUCCUCUCCAGAUGGGUCUGUUUCAGGAGUCAGUGGGAGAUGACCCCACAGUCCCCUGCAGGGUCUGCCAGCAGGAGGGGCCCCUGUGGCUGGGUGUGGGGCUCAUCUUCCACUCCUCUUGCAAGCAGCCUUUAACACCGUCCUGCCAUGGCUCCCACCUGGGCCAGGCACCCUGUAUUGACCUCCCCGAGCUCUGGAUGCCCCUGGGGGGGAGUGAGGGAGCUCGAAGGCAGCUCUGGUCUUCCGUUGUCCCACUGAAGCGUGCUACGAUGAGCUUUAGCCCUUACACCCAGCCCGUGCCCUGGGAAGCAGAGACGGGAGAGGCUGUGUGCUGGUGUCUGUGCCCCCACGGGCCUGCUGUCACAGGGCCUGUACACCAGAAGCACCGGGGUCAUGUCAGGAAGGCCUGUCCAGUAUGUGUGCAGAGAGUUGUGCGUAUGUUGUGAAGUUUCCCUUGUGCUCUGUGACCCAAGGUGGCUGCCCAGCAAGGCCCAGCCAGCAGAGCCAGCUGGCUUUCUGCCAGCCUGCUGGCCAUCCCUGGAUUUCACAAGAUGAGGGCAGGAGCAUCCCAUCAGCUGCUGGAAAGCAGAUCUUGGUUUCCCUAGAGCUGCCUCUGGCUGGCUGUGCUCAUCGAGGUGGGGAAGGCGGAGAUCUUGAGGCCUGUAGGGAAGGGUUGUGUGGUUUGGAGAGGAGUGGAGGCCUCAGGGAUGUCGGUGGACAUGGACGUGUCAGUUGAUGUCCUGAGUGGAGUAUCCCACAGACCACUGUGCUUCCUGCUGCUGGGUGGGGUGGAGCAGUGGCGGGGAGGGGGGUGAGGAUGGAGCCGAGGCUCUGAGAUGGGGCCCAGGGACAUGAAGGAGGCCUGAGAGCACAGCAUGGGGGUGAGGGCACUGCAGGGAACUCCUCACGGGCCUGCCUCUAUGUUGAGGUCAGCCAGGAGCCCCCAGACAGGCUUGGGGCAGAGGUGGGUCCCUGCGCCCUGGUGCUAGACCAUCACCCAGAGCCUUCACCUGCUCUUUCUUCAUGGAGCUCUGAACUGCUCAUGAUCUUGGGGAUCCUUCUGGGACUUCCUUUCCCAGAGCACUGCUGCAGGGCACCCUCCUCUGACUGGGGUCUUGGCAAGAGGAGUUGGCUUGGACACCCCUGUCUGGGGUGAGCCGGUGGAACAUGAGCCCUGUGUCCUGCUGCCAACUGGAAGCCACUGUGCGUGACAGGCAGUGAGGGAGUUGCGCCCCUCACUCCCAGUUCCCUCCUGGCCUACCCUGUACCCCAGCAAGCUGCCGCACUAUGUGCAGGGAGGGCCGAGGACAGGCGGUCCAAGGGCUGCAACGUGGUUCUGAGUCUGCUGUCAGAAGUGAAUAGAGAGUGUCAGGGCUUCUCUGGUGGCACCACCAUGCGACUGAUCUUCUUCUGGGUCCAGUGCAGUGCUGAGGGUUGGCCAAGCUGCAGCCCAGCUACGCGGGGUCACACUGGAGCCUCAGAGCAGGAGGCUCUGCCGGGCACUUGAAGCUGUCAAUACCAUAGCCAUGGUAGGUAAUCCAUAUUGGAUAUCAAUAAGGGCCAUGGGAAAUAUUUAAAGAGAAAAAGAAUAUAUAUAUAUAUAUAUAUAAAAUUAUAUACACAUUUUAUCGUACAGAUUUUUCAUAAGUUUUUUCCAGUUUGAUACUGUAGAUCUUCAUUAGUGCAGAGUUGUGUUGGAUGGGGUGAGAGUGUGCUGCCCCCUCUGGUGUGUGCUGGGCCUGGGGACAAGGUCUAGCCCCAGCAGGCACCUUGGGUGGCCCCCAGGGCAGGCCACGCAGCUGCAAGUUCUGUCUAGCCCUGGGGUCUGUCACAUCUCUGGGAUGUGGCAGGCUUCUGGCUAUGAGUGGCUUCCCGCUCUUGGCCUGUGGUGCUGUGCUAGAGAAGCAGCUCCCCACACUCGGCCUCCAGGGUGGACAGAACUUCCAUCACCACCCAGGGAGCCUCCGUCCAGGAUGCUCACGGGCACAGGGCCAGGGAAGGAAGUGGCACAUUCUGCUUUUCCUUUGAGAUCACUGAAAUUUUAUUGUCACGAUUUAAUAUAUGAUUUUAUUUUUAUUUAAGAAAAAGACAAGGACCUCUUUGUCGUGGGUUUGUUUUCUGUCCCGUGGCUCAGACCUCCCAAAGAGGGUGGGCUCUGCCUUUCCUGGGUGGCCAGGCGCUCCCUGGACAUGCCACUGCACAGCGCGUCCUGGCCUCCCAGCCGCAGUUCCAUUUCAAUAUUUAUUUUUUGCUGCUUUCCCCAUGAUAUAAAUUAUUGAGAGGAGAUCACAUGCUGUGGACCCGCACUUGUGCCCCGUGCCCACCCCACCCCACCCCCAUCUCACGGCCACCACCUAAUUUAUUGCUGUACACGUCGCUGCUCUCUGACUGCUUUUGUACCUUUGCAAUAAAGAAACCCCUGGUUUUA